AUGGCAAAAAGGGAAACAACAGUGCCUGCAAUGUCAGAGACAAGCGAACGUAAAGCUGAUCAAGGUUUUGAAAUGCAAAGAAACGUUAUUGACCGCAGAGGGUCUGUGGUAACAGAGCGGCAGCUUUCAGACAUAAGUGAUGAUGUAGGUACUUGCUGGCGUGAGCUGGGACCAAAGCUUGAUAUCUCUGCAUCGAAAAUCAAAAACCUGGACGAGGAUUAUAAUUGUAGUCGCGACAAAGCAAACACUCUCCUUCUUGUGUGGAAACAAAGAGAAGGGAAUACUGCGGUGGCAGGGCGUCUCGCGGAUGCUUUAGAAAGCAUUGGACAAAAAAGCAUUGCAGAAAGGCUGUUCGGCGAAAGGCAUCGAAAAUUGCAAAAAAGCUCUUCACUGUUUAUGCAUUUAAUGACCCUGAUAAGCAAGCCGUUCUUGCAGACUACUCUGAAAAAUACUACGCGUCAUAUUGUGACAGAGAUUCAAAACCUGAAGAGACACCUAAAGGAAGGAAACCUGGACUGUGGAGACGGAGACACGAGUGAUGGGGACUCCGGGGGCACGAGACAAGAAACAAACUGUUCAUCUGAUGAUAAUGUAGAUCCAUCAUACAGCGAAAGCACGGAGAAAUUGCUUCUAUUCUGUGAGGAAAAUCGAAAAUUUUGUAACUCGAUAUUUGUAGUUCUCAUCAAGCUGACAGACGAAGUUGGCCGACUGAGUGAGGAUAAUUUAGAUUGUAUUCAACAACUUCGGGAGUUUACAGGAGAACUGCGUGAGCAGGAAAGGAAACUUUUCGUCAAAAUUGAGUAUUUACGUAAUCAAAGCCAACAUUCGGAUGAGCAGCAUGCUGCCCGCGCAGAGAAAUUGGUAAAAUGGAAGACAGAACAAGAAAAACAAUUUAUGGAAGUGGAAAAGCUAUUGUCGGGAUUGCUUCAUCAGGGAAGUAAAGACAGUAGACCACAAUAUCAAGGAAAUCAGGUGCUUUAA